UACGGACAACAUUGUCCGACUUUGAUUAUCUUCCGCCGUAACGUUGGAGGCGAGAGUGUUAUGAAACCAGAAUGAUGAAAUCUAAAUUAUAGAAAAGAGUCUGUCUGUGUUUUGAAACUGACCAUACCAGUCUUUCGAAAUGCAUUCGCAAAUAUUAUGCAAAGGCACAGCGGCGGCUGUGGCUGCGAGGAGAAUGCGGAAUAUCAUGGGACCUGUCCUGGGUAAGGCAGGGUGGACGUGGAGAACUCAUGAGGUCAAACUCCUCAAUACGUCCUCAGGUGACACAGUGAAGAUUGGAGAUAUCACCUACAAGCUGAAAACACCCCGCAACCCUGAACUCGUUCCUGUGAAACACAUUUCAGACUCCCUCACCCAGACGGUGGCCCAGCACCUGCGAUGGAUCAUGCAGAAAGACCUGCUGGGUCAGGAUGUGUUCCUCAUCGGCCCCCCAGGACCCCUCAGGCGCACCAUCGCCAUGCAAUACCUUGAGCUCACCAGGCGCGAGGUGGAGUACGUGGCCUUAUCCAGAGACACCACAGAGACCGACCUGAAGCAGAGGAGAGAGAUCCGCUCAGGGACGGCCUUCUACAUAGACCAGUGUGCGGUGCGGGCGGCGACCGAGGGCAGGAUCCUGGUUCUGGAGGGCCUGGAGAAGGCAGAGAGGAACGUCCUCCCGGUUCUCAACAACCUGCUGGAGAACCGAGAGAUGCAGCUGGAGGACGGACGGUUCCUCAUGUCAGCCGAGCGCUACGACAAACUGCUUCAGGACCACACUAAAGAGGAGCUUGACGCCUGGAAGAUUGUCCGCGUCAGUGAGGACUUCCGGGUCAUCGCCCUGGGACUUCCUGUCCCCAGGUACAAGGGCAACCCCUUAGACCCGCCCCUCCGCUCCCGCUUCCAGGCCAGAGACAUCUACUACCAACCCUUCAAGGACCAGCUGGAGUUGUUGUACUCUGUGGGACCAAACAUACCAGCGGAGCGGGUGUCCCAGCUCCUCUCCCUGGCCACCACGCUCUGCUCCCAGGAGUCCGCCACCCUGGGCCUGCCUGACUUCCCCGUCGACAACCUGCCAGCCGCCCUGAAAAUACUGGAUGCGUUCCCCAUGCUGUCCUCCCAGCAGCUGGUCCACAGGCUGUAUCCCUACAGCAGCAUGCUGGGCAAGGAGGGACGCACCGCCGUGGAGGGCGCCCUCGGUAGGUUUGAGCUGCUGGACUCGCGGUCCCAGCCGGCCCCCAGCUCCGUCCUCAAGGUGGCGCCGGCGAGCGAGGCGGGGGGCCAGGCGGAGGUCACCCUGCGCAUCACCCACCAAGACAUCCCCUUCCAGGUCCCAGCAGGCACCAGGGCACCCCGCCCCCCCAACAGCAACCCUGCAUUCAUCAGCACCUCAAGCCACGCCCAGCUGCUGGCGGAGAUGAUGCAGUCACACCUGGUCAAAGACAUGUGCCUAAUAGGGGCUAAGGGAUGUGGCAAGUCAGUAAUUGCCAAAGAGUUUGCAGAGAUGCUGGGAUACAGCAUAGAGCCUAUUAUGAUGUACCAGGACAUGACCGCCAGGGACCUGUUACAGCAGAGGUACACACUGCCUAAUGGCGACACGGCCUGGAGAGCCUCUCCUCUGGUCACCGCAGCCCAGGAGGGGAAGCUACUGCUGCUGGACGGCAUCCACCGAGUCAACCUGGGGACGCUGGCCGUGCUGUCCAGGCUGCUGCAUGACCGGGAGCUGUCCCUGUAUGACGGGACCAGGCUGGUGAGGUGGGACCGGUACCAGGCUCUGAAACAGGACUUGCAGCUGACAGACCAACAGCUCCACGACAGGUCCAUCUUCCCGGUCCACCCAUCGUUCCGUGUGCUGGCCCUGGCGGAGCCCCCGGUGGUGGGCAGCAGUGGGCAGCAGUGGCUGGGCCCGGAGCUGCUCACCAUGUUCCUCUUCCACACCGUCCAGCCCCUGGCCAGGGCCCAGGAGAGCAGCCUCAUCACAGGACUGAAUCCAAAGGUUCCCAAGGAAGCAGUGGAUCAGCUCCUAGACCUUACACAUACCCUCAGACAGACCAAUGACCCCACUGCCCAGUCCCUCGCGUCUUCUCUCUCUACCAGGCAGCUGCUGAGAAUCUGCCGGCGUCUGUCCCAGUACCCAGACGAGAGCGUCGCUCACGCCGUCAACAAGGCCUGCUUGUCAAGGUUCCUGCCCAGCCUGGCUCGCUCCUCUCUCCAAAAGAGUCUGACUAACUGCUCCAUACAGGACAAACCUGACCCUGCCGAGCACACACGUGACCACAGCUGCUCAGUGAAGGAAGGCGUGCUGACCAUCGGCAGUGUCUCUGCUCCUGUCUACAGUACCAGUGAGAGGAUGAAGGUUCCGGACGUCCUCUUCUACGACAACACGCAGCACAUGAUGGUGAUGGAGGACAUGUUGAAAGACUUCCUGUUGGGGGAACACCUCCUAUUGGUGGGAAACCAGGGUGUAGGCAAGAACAAGAUUGUGGACAGAUUCCUCCACCUCCUCAACAGGCCCAGAGAGUACCUCCAGCUGCACAGAGACACGACGGUCCAGACGCUGACCCUGCAGCCGUCCGUCAGGGACGGCGUCAUCGUCUACGAAGACUCUCCCCUGGUGAAGGCGGUGAAAAUGGGCCACAUCCUGGUGAUUGACGAGGCAGACAAGGCCCCCACCAACGUCACCUGCAUCCUCAAGACCCUGGUGGAGAGUGGAGAGAUGAUCUUAGCCGACGGACGCAGGAUUGUAUCUGACCUAGUGGAGGCAGAAGGGAGGCCCAAUGUCAUCUCCAUGCACCCAGACUUCAGGAUGCUGGUCCUGGCUAACAGACCUGGCUUUCCCUUCCUGGGGAACGACUUCUUCGGGUCGCUAGGGGACAUUUUCAGCUGCCAUGCCGUGGACAACCCCAAGCCCCAGGCCGAGCUGGCCAUGCUGAAGCAGUACGGCCCCGGCGUGCCCGACGCCACCCUGCAGAAGCUGGUGGCGGCCUUCGGGGAGCUGCGCUCCAUGGCGGACCAGGGCACCAUCACCUACCCCUACUCCACCAGGGAGGUGGUCAACAUAGUCAAACACCUGCAGGAAUUCCCUGAAGAGGGCCUAGCCAACGUGGUGAGGAACGUCUUUGACUUUGACUCCUACAACAAGGACUUGAGGGAGGUUCUGAUUGGAGCGCUGCACAAGCAUGGCAUCCCCAUAGGAGCCAAGCCCAGCAGUGUCAACCUGGCUAAGGAGUUGCCCCUACCAGAGGUCAAGAUGUCUGGCUACUGGACCACUAACCAAAAGGGAAACGCCCGCCGCAAACUGCUUUGCCCCACAGAAACUCACCCCAUAGACAUCAAGGGCCCGGUGUUCCUGCGCGUGCAGGGCUACCCCUGUGAGCGCCAGGAGAGCCGAGCGCUCAGCUUCAGCGAGGAGAGGGCCCACUGGCAGAUCCCCAUGAGCGAGGUCAACAUCGUCUGUGACGUCGCCACUUCCAACGAUGCCAUGUACGUGGCCACGUGUAACCCGGUGUCCCUGUACGCCAUGCGUGACGGCGGAGACACCAUCCACUGCAUGGAGCUGUACGACGUGUUCCCGCGCACCAUCAGCGGCGUCUGGCAGCCGUUCGUUACCGUGGCGGCGCUAGGAAGCCCCCUGGAUGGACAAGUGGUCCUGCACGAGGAACAGGGUAACACCGUGCUCCACCUUGACGUGGUCACCGGGGCGGUUCGGCGACUCCUGCUGUCACAGGACACAGAUGAGCCCGCCCCUUCCAAAGCCUCUAAUUGGUGGAGCAACAAAGAGGAACAGAAAAGUCACAAGAUGUGCCGGGAGUUUGCCCACAAAAACUGGCUUCUCUUCUACAAGGAGGAUGGGAACCAGCUCGAGGUGCUGGAUGUCCUGGAGGGCCGGGUCCACACCAUCUCUCUGCCCAUCAACCUGCAGGCUGUCUUCCUGGUGGCAGAGGAUCGCUGGCUGCUCCUGGAGAGCAAGACCAAUAAGAAGUUCCUGCUGACCAAGCCCAUGCACAUGGGAGCAGAGGAUUCUGGGGUGUGUCAGCUGCACACCAUCAGUGAAGACGCCGUCAGCUCUGGAUUUGGAGUCAGCUCAGGCGAGGUCUGCGUCCCCCAGGGUGUGUCCUGUGAUCAGCUACCCAAUGAGAACUUGAGCGCGGCUCUGGGCCAGAACAUCGUCUCGCCCAACCGCCUCCUGGCCGACACCAGGUCCUACGCCCGCGUGGUCGUGGGCUUCCCAGACCUCAUGUCCCCUAACGAGGUGUACAGCUUCAAUAGGGACGUCGACCUAUCAGAGAUGAAGAGUCCAGACGGGGGGGGGAGUCAAAUGUUCUUCAGAGGCGGGCUCCGCUCCAGCUCGGCCAGACGAACCAACUGCGUCAGUCUGCUUUCAGCCAAUCAGGUCGUCCGGGCACUCCCACCUGGCCAGGUGCCCAUGAAGGACAUCUUCCCCAAAGACGUCACACCUCCAAUGACUUCUGCUUACCUGGAAGUGACUGACCUCAACUCCAAGAAGCUGAAAUACAUUCCAGUUCCACGGUCUAUGACCGUAUCCCCGUACACCACCUGGCUGUCCAAGGUCUCUGACUGUGACGUGCUAUUGGCUGGCCUGGGCACUGGGGGCGUGGUCACCGUGGACAUGGGCGGGUACGUCCGUCUGUGGGAGACGGGAUUGGCCAACCUGCAACGUUCCCUGCUGGAGUGGAGGAACAUGAUUGGUUCAGAGGACGGCAGACCCGUGCAGAUCACCAUCCAGAGAGACAGCGGUCUGGACGUCACCGCCCCCAAACAUGGCAAGGUGGACCCCAAAAACGCCCCUCACGUCGGGGGCAACCAGUGGGCCGGGGGCACAGGGGGCCGAGACACGGCCGGGUUGGGGGGCCGCGGGGGGCCCUACCGUCUGGACGCCGGCCACAAGGUGCACCAGGUGUCCCAGGCAGAGAAAGAUGCCGUCCCAGAGGAGAUCAGGAAGGCAGCCAGGGAGAUGGGAGCGAAGGCCUUCAAAGACAGGUUGAAGGAGAUUGACAUGAGUGAGUACGACGCGACCACAUAUGAGCGCUUCUCCGGGGCAGUCAGGAGGCAGGUCCAAUCCCUACGCAUCAUCCUCGACAGCCUGCAGGCCAAGGGGAAGGAGAGACAGUGGCUGAAGAACCAGGCUCUAGGAGAGUUAGACGAUGCAAAGAUCAUAGAUGGACUGACUGGAGAGAAGGCUAUCUACAAGCGCCGAGGAGAGCUGGACCCAGAGCUGGGCAGCCCACAGCAGAAGGCCAAGCGUCUGCGCGUGCUGGCGGACGUGUCUGGGAGCAUGUACCGCUUCAACGGCGUGGACGGGCGGCUGGAGCGCUCCAUGGAGGCCGUGUGCAUGGUGAUGGAAGCUCUGGAGAGCUACGAACACAAGUUCAAGUAUGACAUCGUCGGCCACUCGGGGGAUGGCUACGACAUCGAGCUGGUCAGAACCGACAAGGUUCCCAAGAACAACAAGCAGCGCCUCAAGGUUCUCAAGAACAUGCACGCCCACUCCCAGUUCUGCAUGAGCGGAGACUACACCCUGGAGGGCACCGAGGCCGCCGUCCGGGAGCUGGCGCGCCAGGAGGCCGAUGAGCGCUUCGUGGUGGUCCUGAGCGACGCCAACCUGGAGCGCUACGGCAUCUCGCCCGAGCGCUUCGCCAGGGCGCUGACCUCCGACCCCCAGGUCAACGCCUUCGCCAUCUUCAUAGGCUCCCUGGGAGACCAGGCCGAGAGACUACAGAGAACCCUGCCAGCGGGGAGAUCCUUCGUUGCCAUGGACACCAAGCAGAUCCCCCAAAUAUUGCAGCAGAUCUUCACAUCCACCAUGCUGUCCAGUGCCUGAGACACACACACACUCUCAUUCACACAUUCAACACGCACGCACACAGACCUACUCGAUACAAACUAGCUCAGUCAUGCAUAGUGACUUACAGCACACCCGUUGUGUCUUCAUUGAACCAUAUAACAUUCUAUAAUUAUAUCUCCCAGACCACUUACAAAACUUUGUUUCUGUUAACUGUGAACGGGAGUGUAUGAACUACCUGCUAGAAUGUCUGUACAGAAGCCCUUGUUUAUGUAGAAACAGUUGGAGAGUGCCUAGAUACUGCUGCAUCCCUGGAAGUGCUUGAUAGAAGUGUGUGUGUGUCUGUGUGUGUGUGGUAAAGCUACGGAUUAACACCCUGUGAUGUCGGAUGCCUAUCCCAGCCCGCUUAGUGACUUCACACACACUGAGGCGUGUCCUGUUCUUGAAUUUGUUGAAAAUUCUUUCUGUGACGCACACACACAGUGUCAGGCCUGAUCAACGACCCUACUUGGUGUGUGUUUGUGUGUGCGGGGGGGGUGAACAUCGAUAGUCCCUCUGUCUCUGAACUUCCUGUGCGUUGUGCCCUCUGACACGCAGGGCGGACAACACUGACGUGGCCCCUGACACACCAACAAACACACAAACACACACACAGGGGGCAAGCGGUACUAACUUGGCUCCUCUGGAAUGCAGGGACUGUGACCGGGGGAACUUCCCACCUGACUGCACACGCUGUUUUAAAGCAGCCGCGGUUGCACAACCCCUUGGUGUGUGCGUGUGCAUGUGGCUGUGUGUGUGUGUGUGGUAUGUGGAUGUGUGUGUGUGUUUUCCUGUGCUCCAUCUAUGUCAACAAGCGCGGCCCUUUCCUUCCUGAUGACUGGACCUUGUGACGCCUGAUGCUCUUCUCAGUCUUGUGAGGAAUCUUGGCUCUCAUUACAGGACCCCCAGCAACUCUCUCGUCCACACACACACACACACACAGCGUCUUAUUCGAUUGGCAGAAGUCUGUGCUGCUGGGUAGGAUAGAGUUAUAUGGGUGGCGGGGUUGUGUGUGCAGUAUGUGUGGGUGCGCGAGUCCGGCAUGUGGGUGGCAGCACACACACACGCACACACACACACACACCCUCUCGCCCUCUCUGUUUCCCUCAGCACUGGCAGUCACAUGCUGUGUUCACUCCCCUGGAAGCCGAAGGAAAUCAAUGGCCUGCUCUCUGUCGCUCCCACCCUCUUCCAUCGAUCCCUUUCUCCUCUCUUCUCUGCUGUGAUGGAGGGAUGCCCCUGUCUGACCCAAUUUACUGUCUCUCCUAAUGUACUUACUGUAUGCCCUCUGUGUGUGUGGGUGUGUUUUACUGUUUGUGCGAAAGUCUUUUCAAAUCAGAAACAAGAUGGCCUCCGUAAAGAUAUCCGAUUGAAAAUCGAACAAUUUGUAUAAUUGCUGCUGUUAAAUAUGUCUUUGUACAUGACUGUAGGUUGUGACAUGGAUUUGCUCUGGAGUUAGCGGAAAUGUAAUUUAUGUGUAACCAUUUGAACAUAAAGGAUCGUUCGAUGAC